GAAAGUGUUUGCAUAGCACACUUUAAAGAAAUACCUCUAAAAGAGGUGUGUUUCAGAGAAAGAGGAUGAAAGAGGAGGAGGGUGACCCAGCAGCAUCACAUGUUUGGGCAGAGCUACGCUGGUGGAACAGCAGGACAAACAAGAAGUGCAGAGGAAUACAGAGCAAGCCAGCUCACAAGCACACAUUUCAGCUGGGAGAUCAGUCUCUCAUUCUAAGGUGCAGACUAUGGAGGGAAGUACGGCACAGGAUGAAAUUCACCAGGAAGAGAAAGAAAGAGCAGGGAGCAGUGAAGGAGAGCAAACAGACCCAAAGGAAAGAGUGGUUCUAGAGUUGAGACUAGUGCUGCUCGGCUCAGCUGGUUCUGCGAAAAGCACUGUGGUUGAUGCCAUUCUGGGCGGCCCGAAAUCUGAAUCUGACUGCAGUUCAGGGCCUGAGACACCCGCCGCUACUGACUGUCAGAAGAGACAUGUGAAUGUGUCAGGACGACAGGUGGCUGUAGUAGACACACCCGACUGUCUGUGUGUUGAGCGCCCAGCUGAGGAAGUCCGCCGUCAGUUCUCUGUCUGCGCGGCUUUAUCGGUCCCGGGGCCCCACGCUUUCCUGCUCUGUGUCCCAGUCCACCGUCCCAGCAACUUGGAGCUCCAGAUUUUGGAGACCAUAGAGAAGGUGUUUGGCCCUAAAGCUGUUAGUAAACACGCAAUGGUGCUCUUCACACGAAUGGAGAGGCUGCCUGAGGAUGUGUCUCUGGAUGAGUAUCUCGAUACACAGCGAGCAGACUUACUGGAGCUCGUACAGAAGUGUGAGGGCCGACAAUACCCUCUGUGGCUGGGAACAAACGCAGAGGAGCUGUUGGAAAAGGUGGAGCAGAUGUUGAAAGAAAGCGGGACACCAUUCUACACCUGUCCUCUGUUACAGGAGGCAAAGAGGAGAGUGGGAGAGAAAGAGCAGGAGAUCUUGAGGAGUAGAAGAGAAGGAGGAGAGCACAAUUCAUCCUCAGACAUGGAGAGAAUAAGGGAGGAAGCGGAGAGGAGUGUGGACGAUCUGGUGGUGGAGGGGAUCGCUGAUCUUUGCCUCUCCACUCCGAACCCUUCAUUCUUACGCUGGUUGUGGGACAGUGUGGUCGGGUGGCUCCUUUGGUUCCCGAAUAUGGUUCGGGGCAGUACUUUACUAGGGUCGUUUGUAGGGUUGUUUGUCGGGGGGCCCUUAGGGGGGGCCAUGGGAGCAACGGUGGGAUCUGUUGCUACGGAGAUGGGUAGACGGAAACGAAAAACAAAUUAAAUUUAGAAACUCAGCAACAUUCUUUCCUUGAUAAGUCAUUAACAUGCAUUAUGUAAUGCUUAACAGAUCAGGAGUUCUUGUACACUUAAAUAUGAAUAAAUGAAAAUAGAAGUUUUUUUUCUUUUUUUUUUUUGUACCUGUAAAUAAAUGGAAACUUUUAGGACAUUUUAAACAAAGGAAAGUGAAGAAGAAAUAUUUACAUUAAGAGGAAAUAAUUGCCCCUUGGAUUUGAUUUCCAGGCGAUUUUUGUUUUACAUUUAUGAGGGUAUUUAUUCUAAACCUAUUACAAAACUCUGUGUCAAGAGUCCUUUAAUUCAAAUACUUGAGUUUAAUCAAUUCAUUAACAUAAGUUCUCAAUCUGAACAAUUAGACUGAGAAAUGAUUACCUUGUACCCAUCAAAUUAAAUCAAUAGUAAAUCAUAAUUUGUGUGAUAAUAUGUAUAAUUAAGGUUAAAAUAGAAUAUUAAGAACUAUAUCAGAUGUUAAAAAUAAAAAGUUUUUUGCCCAUA